AUGGGGGUGGGCGACUAUGUCCACUCCAGGGAGGUCGGGCAGCCUCAUGCACCGGCUGACCUGGGCUCGUCGCAGCGCCAUCUCCGAGCCGAACAGGCCAAAAUUGAGAUACCGCUCAAGCACCUGGGACGGGCCAAUUCAAAUGGUAGAGCUGCAUCGCCAAGGUUCCAGCCUCCAAUGGUACUUCCACUCCAGUCUCGCGCAGCCCCCGAAAAUGGAAAGCAGCGGGAUAUGUUUGACACCGACGUCGAAGGAGUCGAUGAUUCAACUGUUGCAGGGACCAGUGUUUUUGGCUUUCAUGAUGGUCAGUCGCAGUCAAGAUUCAAUGCAAAUGGUGACGAGAACACCUCACCCCGGCCAUCUUAUCUACCUCGUCCUACUCGGCACCAUCGAUUAUCCUGGUUUGGAGGCAACCUAGGUGACGAAGCUAUGAAGAAAGCUGGCUUUGAUUCUGAUGACUACGAGGAAACGGUCAGUCAGUUGACUUCCUCCGCUGGAGAUGACGGAGAUGAUGAAAAGACCGAAAAGAUUGAAAAUGUCGAAGACCCAAGCGGCUGGCACGCAUCUCACAAAUACCGUUCAACAGGAGAGCCGCUGAGCAAGCGACUAGAGAACUUCUGGUCCGCGAGCAAGAGAGUCUCCUCGAAGUCCAUGGAUCAAGCACCGACAGAUCUGCAAACCCCUCCUGUGCACCCCAUUACCGAAUCCCAACCGCGCAAAUUAGGACAUAUGCUUCCUCCCACCGCUGCAAGGAAGAUCACAAUUCCGCAUAGCAUGUCGGCAACUCCAAGGACGCGCUUCAGCCCACCGAAGCCUUCUCUGCUGGAUCGGCUGGAUAUUUCACCAACUCGACAUGGCUCUGAACCGCCUCCUCAAGUAACGCGGGCUCUCGAUAUGCCUACUUUCCAUCCAUCAGAACACGGAGACGACAAUGAAAGUGAUGCUGCCGGUAUUGAUGAAACGAUUCGCGUCAGCCAGGUCAGUAGCAGACGGGAAAGCGAACAUUCUGAUAAUGCUUUCGACAUUACCAACCUGACCGAUCUCUCGCGCGACGACCACGAUGAGAUGAUGCAAGACCCGUUUCUCAACCGCUCCUCCACCAAACGUGGCAGGCGUAACACGGUCAUUUGUACAUCGAAACGACAGCUGGAAGCAGACUAUCCCCCAGAGCUACUGUACCAAAAAUCCUUUUCCGAUCUCCAGGCGGAGCCCUUCGAAAAAACCCCAUCCCCUCCUCCGGCUGCUAAGUCACCUUCGCUGCCACCGGGCCCGCCUCUUGUCCCAGACCCUCAGUCUUCCAACGAUACUGUAUCUCAGCUUCUAAGGGCCACCGAAAAAGACCGCCAGGCAUACCUUUCCCGCAUGUCUGUCGAUGACUGGGAAGACUGUGGAGACCAACUGAUCGACCGUUUCAGCAGCCUCCUGACCGAGAUGAAGAAUUUGCGCCGGGCCCGUCGUCAAACAGCUGCCGUCUUCGAGACCGAGGUCCGGCGUCGUCAUGAGGAUGCCGAGGUACAAAACGCAGAGUUAUCAGCAAAGCUCAAUGAAAUGCGGACUGGUGGCGUCGAGGUCCUUCGAGGCCGAUCCGAGUGA